UCAGCACAUCGCGAUACGCAAACGCGAACGGCUCGCGGUCAAAAGUUCAGUCGGGGCGGGAUAGAAAUGUUUACACAUUUUCUAGAGUACGGCGCUUGCGACCCUGCGGCUCGGAGGAGGAAAAGGUAUUGGAUCAGGGACAUUCAGGACUGUGUGUGGCUGCCAUACAAAACUGAAGGGGAAAGCCCAUCUCUGCCUGCCCGCUGUGUUCUCCACCUGAAACUAUUGGUGGGGGAUGGCUUAUUAGGUAACCUGUAACAAGUCUGAGCAGGAUUCCUUGUACAGAGCCCUUCUGACCAUCAUGGAACCCACAGCUCACAAACAACAGGGGGUCUCUACCCCUUCUAAUGCAAAGACAGCAGAAGACCUUGCCUUGGAGCUAAAUGCUGCUGUGAAGAACAGAGAGAGAGAACUUGUGCUGGAGCUGCUGGAGAAAGGGGCGGAUGUGAACUCCAAAGUAGGAAGUGGCUGGACACCACUGCAGACCGCUGUGCAAACUGGUGAGGAGGACCUGGUCCGACUUCUGCUGGAAAAGGGCGCUUGUCUGCAUGCCAGGAAGGACAAUGGUGGCACUGCAUUUAUUGAGGCUGGGAGCAUGGGAGAUGUGGAAAUACUGAAGCUCCUCCUGGACCAUGGGGCAGACAUUAAUGACCCUGACAGCAACGGCUUCACAGCUUUCAUGGAGGCUGCAUGGUACGGCAAGGAGGAAGCCUUGAAAUUCCUGUACAGCAAAGGAGCCGAUGUGAAUUUGAGGAGGGUAACUAGUGAGGAGAAAGCCAAACUGCAUAAAGGAGGUGCGACAGCACUGAUGGAUGCUUGUAGGGAGGGCUACUUCUCGGCUGUAAAAAUCCUUGUUGAAGAGAUGGGGGCUGAUGUGAACAUUCGUGACAACAGAGAUAGGAAUGCCUUGAUCCAUGCUCUAAAGAAGGGUUCAGAAACAAAACCACCUGAGUCAGUUCUUGCCAUAGUUCGCUUCCUGCUGGACCAUGGUGUUGAUGUGAAGAGCAAAGAUGAAUGUGGGAAAAGUGCCCUCAUCCUAGCUGUUGAAAUGGAGAGCCCAGAGCUGGUGAAAACUUUAUUGGAGAAGGAUGAAAUAGAUAUUGAUGAUGCAGAUGAGGAGGGCAACACAGCGCUGAUGGUGGCUGUAGAGAAAAAUGAUCACAAUACAGCAAAGGUGUUGUGUGAAAAAGGAGCAAGGACUGAUGUUGGGAACCUUAUCGCAGUUGCUAGCAGAAAGCGUUCUCGUAACAUGGAAAAUCUCCUUCGUGUGCAUAAAGCCACGUUUGUUCCAGAAACCCCCAGAGACUGGGAGCCAAACAGCAAACGCUGGAGGGAGCAGCUGAAAAAGCUUGAUCAAAUCUAUCGCCCUAUGAUUGGCAAACUGAAGACAUUUCAUUACAUCGAGCAGAGAAUUCGGGAAGGCAUCUACCUCGGGCUCCACGGAGGGACAGAGGUAGCAGUAAAAGUAACCCUCAGCAAAGAGGGUGAUGAAGAGAAAAAGUUCUUUGAAAAAUGUUGUCACUGUGAACGUCUACUGAAGCUCUUCCAGUCUGAGAAGGAAAAAGGCUGCACGUACCUGUGCUUCCCACUCUGGGAGAAAACCCUCCAAGAACAUCUGCAGGACCCAGAAGACCAAAAGGAUUACAAAGCUGCUCUGAAGAUGAUCUUCCAGGCACUGAGAGAGCUGCACUCCCUUGGAUUUGCUCACCAGGAUCUGCAGCCCAGGAACUUUGUAAUAGAUUUAGGUGGCAAAAUUUACUUGGCAGACUUUGAUAAUAAAAAAAAGUUGAUUGAAGGCCAAGAAGAACUUGUAAACUCAGAUUUAGAGGCCCUCAGCAGGCUCGUGCUGUACGUUUUAACAGGGGGUAGGAAACCCCUUCAGCAAGUCAGAAUCGAGGAUUUGGACGCUAAAUCCCUGGAUUACAUGGAGGCUCUGGACCUUGUAAGAAGCCUGUCCUCUCAUGAUGAACGGGGCUUGGAAGGUUUGAGCAAACAUCCCUAUUUCUGGAGCAAAGAGAUCAGGUUCAACUUCCUGAAGAGUAUAUGGAAUCAAAUCAAAGGUAUCGACAACCGAGAAACUAUUUUUCAAGAUCCUAAUGUUACUGAAACUUUUCCUUAUCCAGCGUGGACCAAGGAGAUUGACAAAGAUGUUCUAGAUGUAAUGAAAAAUCCCAGGAAUCCAAAAUCAUUCAAAUCGAGAAAACAGAGCAAAACCUUCAACUACAGCAAUGAUGUCACUGACCUACUGCGGCUCAUCAGAAACCUGGAUGAACACAAAGAUAAAGGGAUCAGUGACAAAAUAGGAGACUAUGCUGAGUAUUUCCUGAAGACUUUUCCAGCUCUUACCAUUUAUGUCUACAACAGUUUACGCCAGAAUCCCACAUACAGUCACUUUGCAGACGUCCAGGACCCUUCUCUGUAGGAUGUCUCCUGUCCCUUGCCUGAUCCCACCAUCACUGCCUCCUUUUAUUCCUUAUUUAUUCAUCUGCAAAAGAGUUGAAGAAGUGGGUGAAGGAGAUGGGAGAGAGCACAUGCAGGGACAGAGUAUGGAGGACUUAAACUAAGAAAUGAAAGAUGCUUCAGAAGUGUUUGGUGUAACAACCAUGACCUUCAGAGAGGAACCAAACUGAGUGCCAGCCCAGGUUCCCCUUGAUGACCUACCUCUGUCCCUCUGGGUUUAUCUGCCUCUGAGAUGUGGAGAUCCAGGCCCUGACCCUUAUGGAGAGUGGGGAGAUGUGGGACAGCCCCUGGGGUAGCCAGCACAUCUGGGAGGCAGGAGGACAGCAUUGUCAGACAACAUGGGACCCUCUGAUAAAGAAAGAGGAAUUUGAGCUCCUUGCAAGAGCCAAUCUUCCCUGCAGCUUGCACUGAGGAACUGCUCAUCUACCCCUAGAAAGACAUGGAUUCCCUCUUCUCAGUCUUCUGGAAACACAGCAGCCAGAAAAAUGGUAUGUCUGGCUUCAGUGUUGCCCUUGGCCAUUAUCCCUCUGAUCUGGUAGAGGCACUCUCUGUCCAGCCUGCUGGGACCCGAAGGACUUCCAUUUGGGGAAUGCAGGAGAUGCUUCUGCAAGGAAUGGAUGUAACGAGCACAGUCCCACAAAACUCUGCUACUGUGCGUAGUCUUGACCCACCUGAAAGUGGUCAUUGACAUCAGAGGGGCUACAGGGACCUUUUCCUCCUGGAGAGGACAAGCUCUGCCACGGCAGGGCUGUGGACAAGCACUCCCUGUCUCCGAAACAGUUGGUGUGUUACUGUCCUCCUGCCAGACUCAGCUCCCCUGCACAGAACUGUGUCCAUGCAGCCAGCCUGGAGCUUUGACACUGGCAGCUGGGUGGCACAAACCCCUUUCUGAGAUUCCCACAGCAUGUCACGUGUGCCUGGUUGCCCAAGGGCUUGCUUGUUUCUCUCCUAAUGCUCCAACUUGCACGAUGAUUAUAUGUUGCUUAUGGAAGUAUUUUUCAGCUGUUGAAAAGAUUUUUGUUGUGGCUUUUUUUCCUGUUUGUUUCUUGGUUUGUUUGUUUCCAAACUGAGAUUGUUAUUCUUUCAAUUAGCCUAUGGGGAAACACUUGAAAUAAA